AUGACUGAGCUCGUCAAUCUUAAUAAAGAAGCAGAACAACAUACUGAAAAGGUUUUGGAUUGGGACGAUGAGAUUGCAGAUGAGCAACACGACCAAUGGCUAAAGUGGCUUCAACAACUUCAUGAAGUCGAAACCAUCCAUAUUCCCAGAUGUUACACAACAAAACCAUCGAUAUGGGAUGAAGAGAACAUACAAAUGCAUAUAUUCGUUGAUGCUAGCAAAGACACCAGUGCAGCAGUUGUUUAUUUGAGAAUCCAGUCUGAGGGGAAGGUAUGCUGCACACUUUUGGCCUCCAAAACAAAGGUUGCACCAAUCAAACUUACAUCGAUUCCGAGGUUGGAACUAAUUGCAGCAUUGAUUGGAGCUAGACUUGCAUGCACUAUUCGACAAUCACUAAGCACUCCAAUUAACAAAAUAUUCUACUGGUCGGAUUCGGUUACGGUGUUAAGAUGGUUGAGAUCAGAUGCUAAAGCAACAAAGGGUCAAUUUGUUGCAUUUAGAAUUGCUGAAAUACAAGAACUAAGCAACAUCGGAAAUUGGCGAUAUACACCUUCGUAUCUGAAUGUGGCUGAUGACGCGACCAAGUGGAAAAAAGGACCAUCCCUCAAUAUGAACGAUCGAUGGUUUAAAGGACCUGAAUUCCACGCACGAUGA